UCAGGGGUACUGGUUCUUUACUGCUAUGUUGGAACAGAGAGAGAAAUAUGACUUGUGGAGUUCAUUUGGGGAUUUUCCUUAUUGUCUGGGUUCAAGCAGAGCAUGUGCGUUGUUUGUGGGCUUCACAAGCUCAGAGCCAGAACAACAACACGUAUGUUGGCUUCAGGCAAAAUAAUCGGGAAGCCGGUCCCAGCAACUAUCUCCAGAAUCGACUCAGACAAGCCCCUCCGAGCUCAGCGCAGAGCACAAACUUAAACAUACCUUCAGCUGUGGGCAGUAGUUUUAGCCGGGGGCCUUCUACUGGUAGCUACACACAAACUGUUUCACAGCCAGCUAAAAGUGGCUUUGCUAAAGUCAGGUUAGUGCAGGGCAGCUCAGUGUCAAAACCUAACUUGAAUCGUGUGCCUAAACAGCGUUUUCAUGGCCUUUCUAAUGCUAUUGCCGGUAGCGAUUCUCUGAGUAAGAGCAUGAACAAGGACACAGGGAAGUCUUCCAUCCUGUUUGGUGCCGGCGCUCCUGAGCCAAACCAAAUCCCUUCACGGACCAAAACUUCCUCCAGUGUUCGUGCUAAGCUAGUGUCUAAAACGGAUAAACCUUCCCGUCCCUCAGCUCCUAAAAACCCCAGCCAGACUGAGGUUGUGACCCCAUACAAGAGUAAAGUGUUUUCAGGGAAUGCCCGAGGAAGCUACAAGGCUACUUCCAUGGCCUCAAGUUAUGGCACUUCUCUUGAGUCCAAUGUAGGAAAUGGUCCCGUCUUCAAGCCUCGCAGUUACUCAACGAGCUACGACUCCAAAUCGUCCAGAGAGGGAACCUCUGGUAAGAAGUUUGCCCCGACCAAGACCCACAUCAUCCCUGAUCAAUUUGGUGGCUAUGAUAUCAGACGGCUGAAGGCUCCUGGGCAGGAGAAAGUGAGUGUCAGAAAGCCCCAGCAGGCCUACCAGACUCCCAUCAAGGCCUACGUGGCCCCUCAGCGGCAAGCAACGAACCAGGCCUACGUGGCCCCUCAGCGGCAAGCAACGAACCAGGCCUACCAGACUCCCAUCAAGGCCUACGUGGCCCCUCAGCGGCUAGCAACGAACCAGGCCCACAAGACUCCCAACAAGGCCUACGUGGCUCCCAACAGGGCCUACGAGACUACCAACAGGGCCUACGUCGCUCCCCAGCAGCAGACUCCCAACAAGGCCUACGUGGCUCCCAACAAGGCCUACGUGGCUCCCCAGCAGCAGACUCACAACAGGGCCCACAAGGCCUACGAGGCUCACAACAAGGCCUACAAGACUCACAACAGGGCCUACGAGACUCCCAACAAGGCCCACAAGACUGCCUACGAGACUCCCAACAAGGCCCACAAGACUGCCUACGAGACUCCCAACAAGGCCCACAAGACUCCCAAGAAGGUCUACGUAGCCCCUCAGCGGCAAGCAACGAACCAGGCCUACGAGGCUCCCAACAGGACCUACGUGGCCCCUCGGAGGCAGGCUGAACCCCAGGCCUACAUCUCUCCUCAGGUCAAAUGGUUGCAGUUCAAGCCAAAGUGGGGACAAUAGCAGGUGCAGCUGGUGUCCUCGGAUGAAUAUUUUAUGAUAUUUAAAUGAAAUAAAUACAUUAAUUUAC